UUUGUUGAAAAAAGAAUGAAGUGUAAAAAUAAUGUAAUGUAUUUGAAAUAUUUUGAACUUUGUAUAAUGCAGCUGAACCUUGACAUUGAAAUUUCUUUAUUUUUCAUUCUCUGGUUUGAUGGAGCCGGGCUUUUGAACUUGAUUUCCUGUUUUGGUUGGGUUUGCUGAAGCUGAACCUACAGGAAUCCAUGUUGAUGGUCAAUUUGAACUUCAUUUCCUUUUUUGCUUGAUUUCCUGUUUUGCUUGGGUAUGCACCUGCUGAUGGAAGAUUCUCGUUUCGGAUUUAAAUAUAUUUGUUUGAACGCAUUGAUGUGGUUUGUCUUAAAUGGAUUUUCUGGAUUUAGAUUUUUUGUUUUGGUUUGGAUUUUCUGGAUUUUGUUUGAACACAACAACGUGGUUUGGCUAGUUUCUUGAACACAUCAACGUGAUUUGGCUUAAAUGGAUUUUGUACAUCAACAUGUAUGCACCAUAAACGUGGGUUUCCUUUGGUUUGGUUUGUUGAAGCUGAACCUUCAAAUUGAGGGUCUGAUAUUUCUUUAGUUUGCUGAAGUCGUUACUUAAAUGUAGUUAAAGCUGAACCUUCAGUUUGCUGCAGUCGUUACUUUAGUUUAGUUACUUUAGUUUGCUGAAGUCGUUACUUAAAGCUGAACCUUCAAAUUGAGGGUAUAAUGGAGCCGGGUUUUUUGCAACUAUGAUAGUUAUUAUGCUUUGGUUUGCUGAAGUCGAACCUUCACAUGUUCAGCAGCCUUCCUGUGCUGUGUAUGGAUAAUAUUUAUGAGGAUUUAAACAUUUUGGUAUCCUUUUGGUUUGGUUUGUUGAAGCAGAACUUUCAAAUUGAUAGAUUGGAUAUUUUUAUAAUUUGCUUUCAUGGAUACUGAUUUUUGGAAGUGUGAUGGUUGCUUUGCUUGGCUUUACGAAAGCCGAAACUUCAGAUAUUCAGCAGCUGCCCUUUACUGUUUAUUUAUAAUAUUUCUAUGCUUGGGUUUGCUGAAGUACGAAUCCGAGGGGCGUGUUGGCAACUGCUACUACUGCAUUUCUAUGUAUGAAUGAAGGGGAAGGGAGAAAUUUGCAAGUCAUUAUGUUUUUUUGAUGCUUUUGGGAGGGUGUAUUGUAUGAAUGAAAGCUUUGUAUCUUCUUAUUUAAUGCUAUAAUAAAGUUGUGGCCUCCUUUGCCGUGGAUGUAGGUCAUUUUGACCGAACCACGUAAACAUUUGGUGUUCUUUUUCAUUUUUUUUUACUUUCUUUAAUCAAUUUUUUAAUCGAAAACUAUAUUGUUGUGUUUCAUAUCUUUGCUUCGUCGUAGUAGUAACAUGGCUGGUAAGUCUAAAGAACAUGGUUCACCGGCAAUCUGGGAAAAGGAAAUCAAAUUGUUGUUCUGCGACCUCUGUAUCAAAGAAAUUGAGCUGGGCAAUAGACCGACAACCUUUUUCAAUAAAGAAGGUUGGAAUAGUAUCAUUAAACAUUUUAAAGACUCCACCGGACGGGAGUACGACAGGCUGCAAAUGAAAAACAAAUGGGAUCAACUAAAGAAAGAUUGGAAAAUUUGGAAGGAUCUAAAGCGUGGUUCAACUGGUUUGGGUUGGGAUCCAAUAAAGCGAACCAUUGAUGCUUCGGAAGAGUGGUGGGCAGAGAGGCUCGCGGUGGUUCCAGCAGCUAAAAAGUAUAAAACAUUUGUGGGUGAUGUGCUUGGUGUGGAUUACUUUGAUGUUUAG